AUGGGUUGUUUUCACUCAAGAGAACCAACUGCAACUGGAAAAACAAAGAAAGAAGAACCAACUUCAGCCGUAAAAACAAAUAAAGAAGAAAAGUCUUCUAAUUAUGUAUCAGAACCAACCACAAUGGAAAAAAUAAAGAAAGAUGAUGUAUAUACUAUUAUAUUAAUUGGUGAUCAAGCAACAGGUAAAUCUUCAGUAUUACAAAGAUUUAAAAAUAAUCAAUUUGAAGUUUGUCAUAAACCAUCACCUAUAAUAAUUGAUUGUUUUACAAAAAAAAUUCAAAUAGAAGGUAAAAAAAUAAGCCUCAAAUGUUACGACACUGCAGGCCAAGAAAAAUUCAGGGCACUUUCUCAGUCCUAUUAUAGAUGUGCUGAUGGUAUUAUGCUUUUUUAUGAUAUCGCAAAUCAAAAAACAUUUGAUAAUGUAGGUAGAUGGUUGGAAGAAGUGCAUAGGUUAGCAGGUCCAAAUGUUCCAAUUUUAAUUAUUGCAAAUAAAUGCGACCUUAAUGAAAAAAGAGUUGUGAAUUUUAAUAAUGCAAAAAAAUUUGCAGAUGAUAAAAACAUUCCAAUUAUUGAGGUUAGUGCAAAGGAAUCUUUGGGUGUCGAAGAAGCAUUUAUAAAAUUAGCAUCUGAAAUAAAUAAAACAUGGAAACCACUACCAGAUAAUGAAACUGUAACAAUUGGAAUGUAA